UGUUUUCAAGUGCCGAGACGUGAAGUGCAGCUGGACCCGAUCUCGAGGCGCAUAAAAGUGCAGCUCUAGUUGGACUAAACAGUGCUAAAAUUAUCAUCGGCCAGUUAUAAUUAUCCUCAUUCGUUGUUGACCGGGAGUCGGAAUUCAGGAUGUCGCUGUCCGUGCAAGCGACCCUUCCAACACAGCCUCCCUCGAUGGAGGAGGAAUCCUUUAUCAUACUCGGCAGCUCGCCGACUCCGUCGAUGGAAACCAUUUCCAUGUCCGCGGCCACCGGUCCACCCUCCGUGGCUAGCCAGCAGAUGGCUUCACCACCGCCGUCUCUGAAACGCAGUGGUCUGGUAUCGAAACUCGAAACAUCGACCCAGCUGGAUUCAACAACCUACAGCCUGCUAACGACAAACGGCGGUGGCCAACGGGAAGAGCAACAGCAGACUACGAAAUCGAUGAUGAGUGAUUCAUCCUGCUCGAUGUUUGUUGCGUCAGUCGAAUCCCAGCCAAACAGCUUGCGGUCGAUUGAAAAUAAGGAAAACUGUGUCCCGCGAGAUGGUCCUCGUGCGUUCGAGUUGGGACCAUCACCGACGGCCUCGUUUGUGCUGGGCGAGACGCGUUCCCUGCUGCUGCAGCAGUUCCCCAGCCUUGCCCAGGCUUCCAUGUCGGCGGAAGAGAUGCGGCUGCUCCAGAAACUGUCCAGCGAGCAUGGCCAACUGAAGGAGAGCCUUCAGCGGGCUAACGUUGCGAUGCGCAAAAACUUCGCCUCUAUUCAGCAGCUACAGGAUGAGACAAAAACACGUCGUUGCCAGCUGGAGAGCCGCAUCGAUGAGCAGCAGCAACAGAUCGACCAGCAGAACGCGGAAAUUGGCCGGCUGAAGGAUGCACUCGCUGCCGCCGAAUCCUUGGCCGCAGAGCGGGAGAAGGAGAAGGAAGCCAUCCGGUCGGAGCUGCAGGCAGAGCUGGAAGAGAUUAGGCGCGUUCGUGAGAUGGAGCAAAAGGAGGCCCAGCAGGAGGUGGAUGAACUUUGCAAAUUGGCAUCCGAACGGCAAGCCGUGAUCCAGAAUUUGGCCACCAAAAUCGAGAAUCUGGAGCUGCAGAUCAAGGGUUUCGUCGUGGUGAACACAAACAAACCGGAACCGGGCGAUGGUACCGCUAAGUUCGUACCGAUCGAAACGCACCAGCAGCAGGUGAAGGCAUUGGAACGGAAAAUGUCCGUCGAGGUGGCGAAGAAUCUUGAAUUUGAAGACAUGAGAAAGCUGUACGUCGAUGAAAUUACCUGCUUGAAGGCCAACGUGCAAGCAGCGGAAAAGGUGUACACGGCAUCUCGUGUCGACAUGCAAAAGCUGUACGAUGAACUGAAGGAACGGGACACGACGAUCGAACAGCUGCGUGCCGACGUACGGACCGCCACCGAUCAGAUCAUAGUCCUGGGGGCCCAGUCGGAGAUUUAUCAAAAAGAUUUUGAAGCCGAACGGACGGCUCGUGAGGAGCUGGCGAGCGAAAAGAGUCGCAUUCUGGCAGAAUUCGAAGUGGUUCAGCGUCAAAAUACGGAACUAACGGCACAGCUGAACGCAAAGGAACAGACACCGACGGCCGAAACGGCUGCACGGAUGGUGCAGCUAGCGACCGAGGCUGCUAAUCCGAAACGCCGUGGUGAACCGUCACCUCCGGCGGAAGGAGGAAAUGAACCGCUCAGUUUACUGCGCUGUCCCCUGUGCCUGAAGGGUUUCCGUGAUUUCGGAACGCUGCAGAACCAUGCGUCGGACUGUAUGGGCACCGAGUAGUUGCAAUGGCGGCUGCUAUACAUAGAAUUAUUGUUAUUAUCAUACUGUUUCCAUUAACCGAGUUUAUAGGCUCGUUAUAUUUUGAGGCGUAAUAAACUGGAUCCAGCUAAACCACUG